CAUAGGCAGGCUAUAUGUGAAUUAUACCUAGCAGAGAGUCGAUGUAAUCAAGGGCUGUCCAGUAGCCGCCAAGGAGGCACAACAAAAGCGAUCAAGGCUUCCUUCCGAUGUCACCCGUUAGAGUAUCCGGAUAAAGACAAUACCAAUGUCUUACUGCCGCGUUCUUGGGAAUUGUACCUGAGCUCAACAUCCCUCCAAGAGUGGCUGAAGGGGGUGGUGUGCGGUGACGGACGAACGAGCGACUGCCAAGCGACCAUACAAGUAGACGGCGGUUUCAUCGCUGACGAGGUUCCAGUCCAUCUGCAGACGGGAGUGGGAAUUGUCAACAUCAAUCGAAUUGAAGGACGCGGAAUGGUUGCGUUGGGAGCUCUGGGAUGA